AUGUCAAAUCGUAAAACCAAACCUGUUGAUCUAAGUAUUAAUCCAUUUACAAUCGCUGCUCAAUUAAGCACUACUGCUAAUAAUAUUGAUGAUGAAUCCUCUACAACUUCGGAAGAAGAAAAUAAUCCUCCACCUACUACGCUUACGAUGCCUAUAUUAUCUACAGCAUCCACUACACCCACUAUGCUUAUAACACCUGCUAUAUUUACAUCUACAGUAUCUACUAUACCUUUAGCACUUACUAUGUUUCCAGAAUCUACAUCUUUAGUAUCCGCUACAUCCAUGGUACCUAUUACACCUGUACAAUUAAAAACUCCUGUUAAUGAUGAUGAUAUAUCUGAAAUUAGUAGUAGUGAAGAUGAUACAAAAAGUGUUGAGAAAAAUGAUACAACAUCAGGCUUGGCUUUACUAUAUAAUAAAGCAAAUCGUAAUAAAGAAUAUGCAAUGCAUACAAACCAAGCUAAAAUAUUAUCAUGGUAUCAUUAUGCUGAAGGGUUUGAAAAACAAGUAAAAAAAAUAUUAAAUAAUAUUAGAAUAACUACAAACAAGGCAAAAUUAAAAGUCUAUAGAGAACUUUUAACCCAUCUUGUAGAUGUUGAUUUACAAACUUUACAAAAAAGAACACAGAGAGCAAAUACU